AUUCCGGUUUAAGACAGAGAGAAGAGAGAGAAACAAACAACGAGAGAGAACAAGGCAAAGACGGAAACUACGUUCGCAAUUUCCAACUUACAAAACCUAAUCGAUCCAGACGCUACACCAAACGAUCAAUCGACUCACAAAACCCUAACAAUUCAUCACAUCACAUCGCUGUUUUCGCCCUAAACUUUCCCAUUCCGAUUCAACCCUAGCGGUGAUUUUUUCUUUCUGCUACAGCCUACAAUACAUGAGCAGAUUACAUGCAUAGGAGAACUGUUGAAAGCUGGAACUUGCAAUGUCUCCUGUAUCCAAGUCAAAGUCAAAGGACAAAAGGGCUUCCGUCAAGGAUCCACAAAAGUCAACCAAACCCACAUCCAAUGCUAACGCAGGUGUUCCCGGAAGCGGUUACAAUCCGCUUUUAGGAACCUUUCAUUCACUUGAUGCUACGCCUGUGUCUACUAUAAAUGUGCGUUCUCGUAAUGUCGAUGAUACAGAGGACCAUAACGGAAACUCUGUUACGGGGAUGGAAUAUGAUUCUGUAUCCAACAACGGGAGCUGGUCGGGUGAAUCCGAAGAUCACAAAGACAAAGUAUCUCAAACAUCCAACCGGCAUGACACAAUUCCGGGGGUUGAUAAUGAUAAACGAGAAAAAAUCCGUCAAAAAAACGAAAAGAAACAUCAACGCCAGAAAGAAAGACGGGCUCAAGAACUUCAUGAAAGAUGCAGCGGUUAUCUAAUGUCAAGAAAACUAGAAUCACUUGCUCAACAGCUUGUGGCGAUGGGGUUUUCAUCGGAACGUGCUACAAUGGCUCUUAUAUUAAACGAAGGUAAAGUUGAACAAUCGGUUGCAUGGUUGUUUGAAGGCGGUGAAGAUUCAAACAACCACCAGGAGCAUAAUAACAUUGACAGUGGCGGUAAUUUGAAAAUCGACAUAUCAGAGGAACUCGCUCAAAUUACCGAAAUGGAAGUAAAGUUUAAAUGCUCAAAACAGGAGGUCGAACGUGCUAUCGUUGCUUGUGAAGGUGAUCUUGUUCAGGCAGCAGAAACCUUAAAAGUUCAGAAACAGGAACAACCUCCUGCCGCCACCGCCACCGCCACCGCCGCUGCCAUGCCGUCAACUCUCAGUAAUGGUAAGGUUUCAUCAACCUCAAGAACAUUGUCAAAAGCUAUACCUAUACACCAGAAAACUGAUGAAAAGGAUCUAAACUACAAUUACACAAAAUCGGCUGUUACGGGAGGACCCACAUCAACAGACCCCGGGAUCAAAACCUUGCAGUUGCUGAAAAAAAUUCCACCGAAUUCCGAUUGGACAAAACAGCAACAUGUCGGUAACGGUACUCCGUCUGUAGAGAAGCGGUGGCCCGUGGCGGUAGGUGGUUCGAAUUCAAACCCUUCUGUCUCAUAUUCUUUAGCUUCUUCAGUACCGGCGGCAUCGGCACCGGCUAGAACCGAUCCUCGAUAUUCAAAUAUAGCGACGGAGUUAAAGAAUCUACAGUUGGGGUCGGUUCGGGAACCGGUUAUUGUGAUGCAACGGCCAAAACCGAAGAACAUACCCACGAGUGUAAGCUCGUCAUCGUCUGAUUGGCAUCCGAAUGUUGUUGAUCCUGUAAUGAAUAUGACUUUGAAUGCGACGUCAAACGGGUUUUCACAUGGGCCUACUACCACAAGAAGCUUUAAUGGUUCAAAUGGGUUUUCACAUGGGGCUACGGUUAAUAAUUCCCAUAUGUAUGACCAGCUUCAUUAUCAGCAACAACAGCCGGUUACGCAGCAGCAGUAUGCAUCAAGCAGUGGCCCGUUUGACCAUUUUAGUCAACAGGGUUCCAUGAACCAUUUCAACAACGGUGGUAUGUGGAGCAGAACAGUGGGUAUCGCCACCACUCCUACAUUAGCAGCCGCUUCUUCUCUCGGGCUUUUCUCUGGGUUGGGCUCAAACGGGUCGUCAGGCCCGUCAUCUCCAGUGGACUGGAAUGCGUGCGACUCGUUGCAGUUUGAUUACACAAACAUAGACUGGAGUCUAGACCGGCUUCCUCUUCCACCUAGCAGCCCGUCAAUACCCAACGGUAUGUUGUUGGGUACAGGUAAGACUGCGACGAGACCGCCAACGGGUGCUCUAUCGAACGGGAAUAACGGGCUUUCGAUCGGUUUGCGUACAGAUGGGGUAGGUGCGGUGGGUUCUGAAGCAUCUGCAGGUGGUUCUCGUGAUUGGGCUUCGCCUUUUGAAGAGAAAGAGUUGUUCAGCUUCCCCAGACAGUUUGUUACGUCUCCUUCUCUUUAGUGAAUGAAGAAAAACAUGAACAAACAAUAAGAUGAUAGGGGACGAAAAAACAAUAAAAAAAACAGAACUUCAAAACAUAUGUUGUUGGGAUCUCUAAUGUUUUUCUUGUUUCUUAAAAUCAUGCUUGAUGCCUUGCUUCUUGUUUA